AUGGCUGCCACUCGGGGUCUAAAUCACAGCUCCGUGUCUGAAUUCAUCCUCGUGGGCUUCUCCACCUUCCCACCUCAUCUCCUGCCCAUCUUCUUUCUGCUGUUCCUGCUCAUGUACCUGUUCACACUGCUGGGGAACCUGCUCAUCAUGGCCACUGUCUGGAGUGAACGCAGCCUGCACACACCUAUGUACCUCUUUCUGUGUGCACUGUCCAUCUCUGAGAUCCUCUACACCUUGGCCAUCACCCCGCGCCUGCUGGCCGACCUGCUCUCCACCCAUCGCACCAUCGCCUUUGCAGCCUGUGCCAGCCAGAUGUUCUUCUCCUUCACAUUCGGCUUCACCCACUCCUUCCUGCUCACCGUCAUGGGCUAUGACCGCUACGUGGCCAUCUGCCACCCAUUGCGGUACAACGUGCUUAUGAGCCCUCGUGGUUGCGCCUGCCUGGUGGCCUGGUCCUGGGCUGGUGGUUCAGUCAUAGGGCUGGUGGUUGCCACUGCCGUUUUCCACCUCACCUUCUGUGGACCCAAUGAGAUCCACCAUUUUUUAUGUCAUGUGCCCCCUCUCUUGAAGUUAGCCUGUGGAACAGAUGUACCAAUAGUGGCCCUAGGUGUGGGGCUGGUGUGCAUCACCAACUUGUUGGGCUGUUUUCUCCUCAUCCUCCUCUCCUACACCUUAAUUGUGGCCGCCAUCUUGAAGAUCCCCUCUGCUGAGGGCAGGCACAAAGCCUUCUCCACCUGUGCUUCCCACCUUAUUGUGGUCAUUGUUCACUAUGGCUUUGCCUCAAUUAUCUACCUCAAGCCCAAAGGUCUUCACUCCCAGGAAAGCAGUACCCUUAUGGCCAUCACCUAUACAGUCCUCACACCCUUCCUCAGUCCCAUCAUCUUCAGUCUCAGGAACAAGGAGCUGAAGACUGCCAUGAAGAAGACCUUCCUCAGCAAACUUUAUCCCUCCAACAUUUAA